GUCAGCUGUCAAUAGUCGGAUCAUUCAACAUACAUAUUUAACAUUAUGCACGUUCGCUCUUAUUGUUUUAAACUGUCGUCUGCUAAAGGUAUACUUUGGUAAUGACGAAGCGUAACUUUAAAACAUAACACUUUUUGCAGUUAAACGGUCGUAUUGGAAAAGGAUAUACAUUCACAAUAAAAAACUCGGUUUUAAAAUAUGGUAAACAAUAGCUAACCGUAUUGUGGCGGUAUUUUGAAUCCAGAAUUGAAUUUGAAUGUGACGGUACAUGAUCAGCUGUUAAAACGUUUAAUACUGUUCAUAGACAUUCAAUUACACGUCAAAUGUACUUGUGCAUGACUUAACAGUUGCAGUAUGUGAAAUGAGUGAAUAAACAACCAUAUUGGUGUAGUGAUACGGAUUAUUUAAUUGUCGUGAAUAAUCAGUAUACUGCGCGUUGAAACACACUUAUUAUUAAACAUAUGAUUUUAAAGCAGUGCACAUAUUUCCUAAUGUAAAUUUUCUUUGAAAUGAAUAAAUUGACCUAAUAGUGCUUUGCUUUGAGUAGAAACUUCCGGCAUGUUUACACAGUUUCAUUCGCGAUAAAACAGAAUGAUAAAUAAUAUUGGCUAUAAACGUAUCGGAGUAACAAAUACUUAUUUUAGCUUUUGUGAACAGCUGACUAUGUAGAUUACCGGAUUGGCUGUAUUAGCGAGCAUUAUAAUUUUCGAUUCGAAGUAUUUCUUCGUAAAAGUGGUAGGUUACCGGUGAUGUACGUUUAAGGAAAAUAAAUACACUUGACUCGGAGCAAGUAUAGCCAUGGAUCAUCAAGGACUUAACGAUCUUAGCGCUGGAAGCAUCGAUGAUAAUACACGUGUUCCUGAGACAAAUUAUGCGCUGACAUCUGCAUCUUGGAAAAAAGUGAGAGACAAUUUGGAAAAAGUACGGCGAGAAAUAGAAAGCAACAUUUAUAGUUUACCUCAAAAUACUUUUCAUCAACGCGGUAAACAACCAGUUGAAAAUACAGAGGACCCUUCUAUUACACAUGUUAGUAGUAAUAGUUCUACUAAAGAUGAAACCAACGUAAAACAGCCACACAGAGAAAGUGGCAAUAAAGAAGGCAGCGAACAAGUAUAUUCUAGAUAUAUUCAGUGUGGGGACAGAAAUUUCAUGUUGAUAUGCGAACCGAAGAACAAACCACAGGAAAAAGUUGUGUACAAGCAAGAGGGCAACAGAAAUAUCAUGAUACACCUUAGAGUCAGUUCGAACGUAUACCAGUUAGUACAACAGGUGAAAGACUCCCGGAAUAUGCAGGUGAUUCCUCUGGAUUCGGAGGGCGAAGUUUGGUUGGAGAUCAAACGCCGUAGUCAGGUUAGAAAGCAAUCCAGAUCGUCAGAUACGAAUGAAUCCAUCUUUACGGAAAUGACUACGUUGGCCUCGUCAGAAAGAGAAAAAUGUAGAUCGCAAGGCAAGAAGGAAUCUUACUUUACGGAUUCAGGGUCGUUGGCUUCGUCAGAAAGCGACAAUCUCCAUUAUGACACACAUGUAUAUAAACGUGAUGUGGACGAAGACAGUUAUCACGGCGAUGACUAUGACAACAGAAAGGGAGCAAGAAGGCGAAGCAUUGAAGAAAAUUCAUACGUAUCUAAUACAAAAGGCACUGAUGAAUGGAAGGACUGUCAUUAUGAAAUUCUAAGUAUUUCAGAAGAUACAGAUCUACUGAAAAUGAGAUUUUCUAAAAAAAGAGAGGGAAAACUUGAAGAUUUAGAAAGACUUGUCCUAAGCCACCACAGAGUUUGCGAUUUUCUGCGUGACUCGUCUAAUGACUUCGACGCCUCGCUUUGUGACUGGAUGUACCAGAGCGACGAAUCCAUAUAUAGUUACAUCACGGGGCGAACACCGUGUAAUGUUACUGGUGUAGAGGAAGUGAAUCCUGAAGACGACGUUAUACCAGGUAUAUGGACGGAAGAGGAAAAUGAACCCUUAUAUCAGGAAACAAAGAAUGAAGAACUGGAGAUUCCGACGCACCAGAAAGCCAUUCCAACGUCACCUUCCACUUUGCCUAUUGUACCACCUCGUUCUCCUCGCAUUGGCACCGUUGUCCCGGUACGUACACCAGUACCGCAAGUGCCACCCGUACCACCGCAUGUCCCGACCCAUCGCGCUACACUGACAGUACAACCCGCACCACUUCCCGGGUCGAAUCAACCGCUCUCUGAUGAUUCGGGAUUCAGAACAUCUUCGCACUCUUCUAGACGCGACCGCAUUCAAGAUUGUGAAUGGUAUCGCGGACAGCUUGGCAAAAAAGAAGCCAAAGAGGAACUCGAAAGAAAACCGCCCGGAACAUUUCUUGUGAGACAGGCUACAACAAAUACUGCUGAACCGGGCGGAUCGCUGCAUGUCUUCACACUGGAGUUUGUGGACGAACACUGCCGCAUCAAGAAAUUGAUGAUAAUGAAAACUGGGGACGUGUAUCAUUUCAAGGAAUUCGAGAUGCAGACAUUUGAAAAUAUAUCUGACCUCGUGGCAAAAGUUCUAACCAGUGGAUUGGAAAUCAAAGACUCCAGAACACAUUUAUGGACUAUAUUUCAAGUAAAACCUGCUUGGCGAAAAACGUGAGGUAUACCUUCACAUGUAUAUUAAUAUAAACAUUUCGAUAUUUUGCCACAUGUGUUUUAAUUAUUAAAAAUGUUAGAAUUAAAAAUUAGCAAAGUGUUCCAACUCUUUAGUAUGGCCGAUAUUCGGAUUAACGAUCGAGGACAUGUACCUGAUAACUUAUGAUGCAUUAUUUUAUAUAUUGACAUAAGGAUUAUGAAGACAACUCGGCAAACGUUAGUUUUUGAAGUAUUAUGAAUACUGACUUGUUCAAUUCGAAGACUUGCUCAAUUUACUUUAUGGACAGACUAUCAUUUGUAGAGGUUGAAUAGCGAACAUGUUUUUAUUACUUUCCUUUAACGUGUUAAUAGCCUAAUCGAAACCAUUGAAAAAGAUGAAUACCUUCAUGGCAAACUAGAAGUACGCUGUGUGAAUAAGUGAUAUUGUUUGCAGUAAAAUGGUGUUUUUUUUAAAAUAUUUUAUCUCAACUGUGCUCUUUGUGUACAUUUUAAGUGGAACUACAUUUACAAUACUUGCAAUGUAUUUGCAAUACAUGUGUAAGUAAACUUUUCAUUAGCAUACGCGUUUUGAUGGAAAUAAAAUUGCUUAAUAUUG